CUUGAUUCAUCAAUAUCACAAAGAAAACUUGAGACGUACGUUAAUACGGAAAAAUGGCUACGAUUUGGUUUCUUUCACUUCUCUUUCUCUGUUGUAUUCUCCUCGCCGCCUUUAAACACAAGAAGCGUCGGACAAAUCAGCAGCAACCACCGUCCCCUCCUGGCUUUCCGAUCAUCGGAAACUUGCAUCAGCUUGGAGAAUUACCACAUCAAUCUCUAUGGAGUCUUUCCAAAACGUAUGGUCCGGUGAUGCUUUUGAAGCUUGGAAGUGUCCCAACGGUCGUAGUUUCUUCUUCUGAGACGGCAAAACAAGUUCUGAAAAUCAAUGAUCUACAUUGUUGUAGCCGUCCUAGCUUAGCAGGGGCAAAAGAGCUCUCUUACAAUUACUUGGACAUUGCUUUCUCUCCUUUUGAUGAUUAUUGGAAAGAAUUAAGGAGGAUUUGUGUCCAAGAACUCUUUAGUGCUAAGCGAGUUCACUCUAUUCAACCCAUCAAGGAAGAAGAAGUGAGGAAACUGAUCGUUUCAGCCACGGAAUCAGCCUCUCAGAAAUCACCAGUUAACUUGAGCGAGAAGUUUCUUGAUUUAACUGUAAGCGUGAUAUGCAAGGCAGCAUUCAGUCUAGACUUCCAUACUUCAGUUCUCAAUAAUGAUGGAUUUGACAAGUUAAUCCACGAUGCGUUUUUGUUUUUGGGGAGCUUCUCGGCCUCAAACUUCUUCCCAAAUGGUGGCUGGAUCAUCGACUGGCUCACGGGUCUACAAAGGCGGAGAGAAAAAAGCGUCAAGGAUCUUGAUGUGUUCUAUCAACAAAUGUUUGAUCUGCAUAAACAAGAAAACAAACAAGGAGUCGAAGAUUUCGUGGACUUGCUCUUGAAGUUAGAGAAAGAAGAAACUGUUCUUGGAUAUGGCAAGCUCACAAGAAACCAUGUCAAAGCCAUCUUAAUGAACGUUCUUCUUGGGGCCAUCAAUACUUCUGCAAUGACAAUGACAUGGGCCAUGGCAGAACUAAUAAGAAACCCGCGAGUGAUGAAGAAAGUACAAUCCGAAAUCAGAAACCAAAUGAUAAACAAAUCAGUGAUCACCUUAGAUGAUAUAGAUCAUCUACCUUACUUGAAGAUGGUGAUCAAAGAAACAUGGAGGCUACAUCCUCCAGUACCUCUUCUACUUCCAAGAGAAGUUAUGUCUGAAUUUGAGAUCAAUGGCUACAAGAUACAACCCAAGACAUUGCUUUACGUGAAUGUUUGGGCUAUAGGGCGUGAUCCUGAUUCCUGGAAAGAUGCAGAUAUGUUUUAUCCAGAAAGGUUUAUGGAUAAUAACAUUGAUGCUAAAGGACAGAACUUUGAGCUGUUACCGUUUGGAAGUGGCCGGAGAAUCUGUCCUGGAAUGUACAUGGGGACAACAAUGGUGGAGUUUGGUCUAGCGAAUAUGUUGUAUCAGUUUGAUUGGGAAGUACCAGAUGGUAUGGUGGUCGAAGAUAUUGACAUGGAAGAAUCUCCUGGACUCGCCGUGGGCAAAAAAAAUGAGCUUCUACUUGUUCCUGUCAAGUAUUUAGGUCAUUGAUGAUCACUUAAAGUACUAAUUUUCUUCCUUUGAGUACAAAACUAAAUGUGUUCCCUAAAUAAAACUAAAUCUUGUAUUCCAUUGUCUCUCGGAGUGGAUCAAUCCAACGAUGUUCUUUGUUGCCUUCAAUAUUUCAU